CAUACCAACAGCGCAUUACUAAAUAGUMCCGCCUUUAUAAAGCGACUGGUCGUAACCCUACCUCCUCAUAUUGAACCAGUCUUCGUAGAUAUUACAACAGAGAAACAGUGUCAACCAACAAAUCGUUCAAGGAUGUCUGCGACAAAGCAGAUGUUCGCUUGUGUAGUGUUUCUGGUUUUCGCAACAGCGAUAACAGUUACGGGAGAACCUUGUGAAGACAAGCCAUCGUGGGCAAAAGAAUGUGUCAAGAUGAAGAAAAAUUUUGGUGAACGAAUAUGUUUAUCGAAAAAUACUCGCAUCAGAUUAGUAGCUCAAACUAAAUGCAGAGGAACCUGUGGAUUAUGUCCAGAAGAAGGAGGUUCCAGAAGAGCACAUGCUCCACCUAUCAAGUGCAGCCGUACUCUCUAUGGAUGUUGCUGGGAUAGAGUGAGUAGGGCUACUGGACCACGUGGCCAAGGAUGCCCACCUUGUCUAAACCGACAUCACUCAGUGUGCAGACUCUUUCGUUGGAUGUGUGCCAAUGACAGGCCCAAUUCAGAUUACAUCAAAAUGAACUGUCCAGUCAGUUGUGGGUAUUGUAACCCCAAAACAUACCUCUCCACAGGAAAAGAGGAGAGUCUACAAGCUAUGUUGGCAAGAAUGUCAUGGAAAGAAUACAGAGAAAGGAAGUUAAGGAGAGGCUGAGCCAAAAACACUACUGAAACUACUAUUUGUCUUCACCUAUAAAGACCUUACUUAGUAUCAGGUGCCCUGGGUGUCAGGUUUUUAAGAUCCUAAUAACCCUUCAUUUGCCUGAGAAGUCUGUUUUGACAUGCUUAUGACCUUACUUGCACACUCUUUCUUUGGUAUUCCAGCCUUUGCAUCUGGUUUAGGUUAGGAUAACAUUCAAAGGCAUAUUACUUCCUUAGGAGGGAAAGGUUCCUUUCGCAAUAACGCAUAAAUGAAACCAGAUGUGAAGGCUCAAUACAAAGGUAAAAGAAAGAGUGCAGAUAAACUUCAAAACAGAUAGCCUAAGGAAGAGUACAAUGAUAGCCUUGUGUGUAAGAUUAACAUGAACUAACAAAGAUUGUUACAUUGGAAAACUACUGCAUAGCAAAAUGACAAACCAGCAAAGCUCUACUGGGAGGUGGAAUAUGUAGGAGUAUAUAUAUUUAUAUAUAUGACUUAGAUUUUGAAGAGAUGUAUUUGUUUCUGACAACAUUUUUUGGAGAAAUAAGAGUUUAUUAGGAGGGGAAUAAAAUCCCCUAUCAGAGUAGAUAGCGGGGUGAGGAAAACACCCUGAAAAAACAUAUCACUUACUGUACAACCAAGAAAAAAUCUCCUUGAUGCAUGAGAGGAAUAAUAUAAUGAUUAACAACACUAAAAGCAAAGGAUUUUGGAACUGAAAUAGAAUAAUCUAUUUCAGGGAAAAUAAAUUUUAAUUUUUAUAUACCACAGUGAAAAAUGCUCAUUAAAUGUUCACUGUACAUUAAAAAAAUGGUAGACAAAUUUUAGAAAAGCCAUAUUAUAGGGCUUUGGUUUGCAGUCCAAGAGCUCAAUUGUCUUAUCUCAUUUAGUUUCUUUAAUCACUAUUAGUCAAUUAUUAUUUGUACAUAAACCUAUAUGCAUGGAAAUAAAAUAAAGUUGUUUUAAAAUUGUUGAGACAAAA